GAGAAAAUCCUGCGGCCAGGUAAUACGAGGCUGCUUCCUUCCAGCUCGCUUCUCGAAUUCCGAUGGCAACCGCCGCGUCCACCCUCUCCACCGCCGCCGCACUCCCCUUCUUGGCCAAGUCUGCCGGCGGCCGACGCACUCGCCGUCGGAUCCGGUGCUCUGUCGCCAGCGACCGCGCUGUGGCCGGCGGCCAGGCGGAGGCGGUGGCAGGGGGGCGGCUGACGGCGGAGUGCGUGGUGGUGGGUGGGGGGAUCAGCGGGCUGUGCACGGCGCAGGCGCUGGCGACGCGGCACGGGCAGGGGGAGGUGCUGGUGACGGAGGCGCGCGACCGAGUGGGCGGCAACAUCACCACCGUCGAGCGUGACGGCUACCUUUGGGAGGAAGGCCCCAACAGCUUCCAGCCCUCCGAUCCCGUCCUCUCCAUGGCUGUAGAUAGUGGUUUAAAGGAUGAUCUUGUAUUUGGUGAUCCAAAUGCUCCACGUUUUGUUUUGUGGAAUGGAAAAUUGAGGCCAGUACCUUCUAAGCCAACUGACUUGCCUCUCUUUGACUUGAUGAGCUUUGCUGGUAAACUGAGGGCUGGACUUGGUGCUAUCGGCAUUCGGCCUCCUCCACCAGGUCAUGAGGAAUCUGUAGAAGACUUUGUGCGCCGUAAUCUUGGAGAUGAGGUUUUUGAACGCCUGAUAGAGCCAUUUUGUUCAGGUGUCUAUGCUGGUGAUCCUGCAAAGCUUAGUAUGAAAGCAGCUUUUGGAAAGGUUUGGAGGCUAGAGCAGAAUGGUGGUAGUAUCAUUGGUGGAACUAUAAAGGCAGUUCAGGAAAAGAGUAAAAGUCCCAAACCACCUAGAGAUCCACGCCUGCCAAAACCAAAGGGGCAGACUGUUGCAUCUUUUAGUAAAGGGCUUGCCAUGCUCCCUAAUGCUAUCUUUUCUAGGUUGGGUAGCAAAGUCAAACUAUCAUGGAAACUUAUAAGCAUCAAGAAGUUGGACAGCCAGGGGUAUAUGUUAACAUAUGAAACACCAGAAGGAUUGAUUGCAGUGCAGACCAGAAGUGUUGUCCUGACAAUUCCAUCUUAUAUUGCUAGCAGUUUAUUACAUCCUAUUUCUAGUGAUGCUGCAGAUGCUCUGUCAAAGUUUUAUUACCCUCCAGUUGCAGCCGUUUCUAUUUCAUACUCGAAGAAAGUAAUUCGUAAAGAAUGCUUGAUAGAUGGCAAGCUUAAGGGGUUUGGCCAGUUACAUCCACGCGGUCAAGGAUUGGAGACAUUAGGAACAAUAUAUAGCUCAUCACUCUUUCCUAAUCGAGCUCCCCCUGGAAGAGUAUUGCUUCUGAACUACAUUGGAGGUGCUACUAAUACUGGAAUUCUUUCCAAGACUGAGAGUGAACUGGUGGAAGCUGUUGACCGUGAUCUUAGAAAAAUUCUGAUAAAUCCAAGUGCCGAGGAACCCCUGGUUCUCAGUGUGAGAGUUUGGCCGCAAGCCAUACCUCAGUUCUUGGUUGGUCAUCUCGACCAUCUUGAAGCUGCAAAGGGUGCCCUCCGCAAAGAUGGUUAUGAAGGAUUUUUUCUUGGAGGCAACUAUGUAGCAGGUGUUGCCUUGGGCCGAUGUGUAGAGGGUGCAUAUGAGAGUGCCUCUGAAGUAUCGGAGUUUUUAGCCAAGCAUGCAUACAAGUGACCAAGCAACGCAAACUACAGAGUCAACAUUUCGAAGUCAGGUGCGGCAGCUCUUGAGGAAACAUUCUCUUUUAUUUUUUAGUUUUCCUUUCAUUUUUGUUAUAAGAUUUCUGUGGUCAGUUUAUGAGACUGGGGAUUGCUGUUUUGUAUUCUUUCUAGUUUUACUUUCUUCUCGUUUUUUCGAGAGAGAAUACUUUCUAGUUUGACUUGCAUUGCAAAAUUAUAAGUGGAGAUUCCAUACAACUUCCUCCUUGAGGGUUUAUUUGUAUUUGGUAAUUCUUGUCUUAAUUUCAACAUCGUAUGUGCAUGAAAGAUCAAUAUCA